AUGGACACAACAACCUAUAAAAAGAUCCCUUUCAUAUACGUUGGCCCGGGUGAAGUUAUGUCCGCAGGCAUAGUUCUUCCACUUGUAUGCGCUACAAUGGUUGGACUUCGAUUCUAUACCCGGAAGAGUCAAAAGGUGGCCCUGGGUUUAGAUGACUGGCUUACCAUUCCAUCGCUUGUAUGUUUUGUUGGGGCAUAGUAUAUCCGAACUCCUAUUAACAAAAAUAGAUUAUGAUAUUUGCGUUGGGAAUUUGUUUUAUCGUUGGUAUAUAUGGUUCUUCUCUCGCGAAAACACAACCGCUCACAGAAGAAUAGGGGUUGCCAAAGAUGUUUAUGGCUAUCGAACAGUCCUUCCUUCGGACAUUACGCCAGAGAACCAAACUACAAAAGUCAUACCAUCAUACACAAUUGAAGCCAAGGUACGUUACACUACAUCUUCUGAAAUUUGUCUAGGGGCUCUCCGUCUUGUAUACUAAUGAAAUAACCAGAUCGAAUUCUGGUUCCAGCUAUUUCUCAUCCUCGCCUAUGGAUUUAUCAAACUUAGCAUUUUGUGCUUCAUCCGAAGAAUCUUCAACAUCACCAAAGGCACUAUCUUCAACGUUGUAUCCACAGCGAUGCUUGCGAUGACAGUCAUGUGGACAAUAGGUUUCUUCUUGUUGUUUUUAUUUGGCUGCAAAUCGAAGGUUUGGGCUCAUUGGGCUCCUCUGGCACAAUUCACCGAGUACUGCGGAAACGGGUUGGCCGCCGAGAUGGCUCUUAUAAUAAGUGACUUUAUUACGGAUGUGAUGAUCUUUCUUUUGCCUCUUCCUAUGGUUAGUAACCAUCCAAAGGCAAAGUGCAAUUGUGACAUACUGACUGCUUCGCAGAUCUGGAGCCUGCACACGGCCACUUCUCGGAAACUUGAAGUGUCGGCAGUAUUUUGUGUUGGAGCUGUGUAUGAGACUCCCCUAAGAAUGUCAGAUAAAUAUCAUUGCUGACCCCAAUAGCGCAAUUGCCUGUUCAAUAGUAAGAAUGGUUCUUUACAUCGACAUCUCAUACUUAGGGUACUCCGGCGGCUACGACUUGAACCGUAAGUAAACAAUCUAACACAGUCAACAACAAGAACUCGACUAAACAUCCCUCUCCACAGAAACCGUUACAACCAUGUUAUGGUACAGUAUGCUCGAAGCCUCACUCGGUCUGAUUACCGCUUGCAUGCCUUGCCUUCGAACCCUGUUCCGCAAGGGAUUCCUUAGCUCGAUGGUCACCAGUCUUCGCAGUCUCGUCUCGCAACGAUCUUCGACAGACCCUUCUGGCACAGAUUGGUCGGCCCCGCGCCCGGAUCCAUAUUCGACUAUAGAAGGGAAUGUCUCGAGCGGCUCUGGGGCCCCGAUCCAUGGCGUGAAUGGAGAUUUGGCGAAGUCAUUGGGAGAUACGGAUAGUGCUACCUCUCCCACGACACUUGGCCAUAUCCAUAAUGGCUUCCAUCAAGAUGUUUCUAGGGUUUAG